CGAGAGUGGAAGUUCCUCGGAUCUGUCACUCGGAGGAAGCGCGCUGGGAUUCCUCAUUGCGAAGGGCGGCUGGCAUCAGAAGACACGCAGAUAACUUCAUAGUGUCGCCUCUGUGUUCUUUCAACAUUCAAAAUGACAACGCAGAAUGAAAAUAAGAUUUUCCAAAAUUCCACUGGACAAGAUGUGAACCCAGACCUUGACAUAGAAAGAAAAAAUGCCUCCUUCAGCAUUGAACGACUUACCAACCUACUGGAUGGAGGUGCUGAAAACACCCGGAUCCGGAGGGCAGUAGAUGCUGUUAUCCAACACGACCCGGAAUUUAGCAGAGAAAACCAAUACUUCCAGAGCCAGAACGAAAGAUAUGAAGGUGCUGUCAGGAAGACUGUUUACCUUAGAGAAAAGAUUGCUAAAAUGGGAUGGGCCCAAGAUGGACCUGAAUGGAACUACAGCCACAGGGCUCUUGGUGUUGAUUUGGCAUUUGGCGUACACCGGGUCUUUAUGAUAAGCAUUUUGGGGUUGGGCACGGAUGAACAGAUCGCCAAGUGGAUCCCCUUAGCCAAAAAGCUUUACAUCUUAGGAACCUAUGCUCAGACUGAACUGGGACAUGGAACGUAUCUUCGGGGUUUGCAGACAAGAGCCACUUUUGAUGUUGCCACUCAGGAGUUUAUUCUCAACACGCCAAAUGUCGCUGCCAUGAAAUGGUGGCCAGGAGAUUUGGGACGAACAGCGACUCAUGCUGUUGUCUUUGCUCAGCUUUACCUAAAAGGAAAGUGCUAUGGCAUGCAUCCCUUCUUCCUGCAGAUCCGCAGCCUACGAGAUCAUUCUCCAGCACCAGGAGUGACUGUCGGGGAUAUUGGCCCCAAAAUGAGCUUCGAGAAUAUUGACAACGGCUUUCUCAUUCUGAAGAAUGUUCGGGUUCCGAGGGAAAACAUGCUGGCCAAAUUCUCUCAGGUUCUUCCAGAUGGCCAAUAUGUGAAACAAGGAGCUGAGAAGAUUAACUACUUGACUAUGAUUGUAGUUCGUGUGGCCAUACUUCGGGAUGAAAUUGUCCCCGCUCUGAUGAAGGCCUGCACCAUCGCCAUCCGAUAUUCUGUGGUGCGCCGGCAGUCUGAGUUAACGCCCGGUGAGCCAGAGCCAAAGAUCCUAGACUACCAGACUCAGCAACAGAAGCUCCUUCCUCAGCUUGCGACUGCCUAUGCCUUUCACUUUGUUUGUGACUAUCUGCAGGAUGUCUUCAACAAGGGCUACGCAGCCACUAAAAAAAGCGAUUUUGACUUGCUUCCAGAGCUCCAUGCACUUGCUUCAGGCAUUAAAGUGAUUGUUACCGACUACUGUUCAGCCGGAGUGGAGGUGUGUCGGAGAGCUUGUGGCGGACACGGGUACUCUCUUCUCAGUGGCCUUCCUUCCUUAUACACAAGACUGGUUGCCUCUUGCACUUACGAGGGGGAAAACACUGUUCUUCUUCUGCAAACAGCCAGGUUUCUGAUCAAAUGCUAUGGGGUGGCACACAGUGGCCACCCUGUUCCUUCAUCAGUUGCCUACUUGUCUUCCAAAAGCUUUGGAAAAUGCCGAGCCCAGGAAAAGAGAGACUUCCUAAAUCCUGAUGUUUACGCUGAUGCUUAUAGGCACAGAGCUUUCAGGAUUGUAAGAAACGCAGCACUCAAACUUCAGACAUUGGUUCAGUCAGGAAUAGCACAAUAUGAAGCAUGGAACAAGUGCUCUGUCCAACUUGCACAUGCUGCUAUGGCUCACAUCCACUAUAUUGUGGUGGAAAAAUUUAUCCAAGCGCUGGAGAAAUGUGGGAAAGAGGCUGCCAUCCAGAGGAUCCUUAAACAUCUCUGCGACCUCUUCGCACUGCACGGGAUUUUAUCUAAUAUGGGAGAUUUUAUGCUGGACGGGUACCUUUCUACAGAGCAGACGGACAUGGUGACUGAGUUGUACGUGGAUCUCCUGGCGGUCAUUCGGAGAGAUGCGGUGCCAUUAGUGGAUGCAUUUGACUUCGCUGAUGAAAAUUUAAACUCGGCCAUCGGAAGCUACGACGGUCAUGCCUAUCAGCGGCUUUAUGAGUGGGCCAAGAAGGCGCCAACCAAUAAUCAGGGGAACCGGGUCUUCGAGAAGUAUUUGAAACCACUUUUCCAGAAUGCCCUGUCAAAGCUGUGAAAGAAGCGAAUGGAACAGAAGCAGCUCCUUCUCCUCCUGCCCUCAGAUCGAUGCUGCUAUUGAUCAGGAAUGCAGCCCAUAAAAUGUAAUCGCGAACUGCAUUCGAGUCUUGCCCAUCAACUCAUUCUGGCAAGCAGAAGCCAGUUAGCUAACUCCAGCGUGUGUGUGUGUGUGUGUGUGUGUGUGUGUGUGUGUGUGUGUGUGUGUGAGAGAGAGAGAGAGAGAGAGAGAGAGAGAGAGAGAGAGAGAAGGCAGAGCCCCUUUAUUUUCAUCAAAUAGACCAAAUUGUAUGUUCCCUUAUCAUUCACAGCAGCACUUAAUACUAUAUGUGCAUUCUUGGAUCAUCCACCAGUCCUACAAGAACCAGGGCAGCAGUUGUUCAUGGUCCUCCAUAGCAGGUUUUGUUGAUGGCACAAUUGCCACUGGGGUGCUAGAGAAGGGUUUUACUGCAGGGAUGAUUUUCUGUUUUUAACCAGUUAAUGAUCCAUAAAAGGGCCUCUCCUCUUAUCUCAUGACUGCUACGCUUGCUCAGGAGUCUUUGCUGAGGGACUUUGUCAAAAGCCUUUGGGAAGUCCAAGUAAACAAGAGGGCCUUCUCCUCCACAGGUUGGCCUUCACCAUUUUAAUUUCCUAAAAUGCCUCUAAUGUAGCAUCAUUCUGAAGCAUUCUGGGAAAUUUAAAUGGCAGACUUUAAUUAUCCACAAAGCCCUGGAGUGAUGCUAUGCUAUGGGCAUUGUAAGGAAUUCAAAUGGUGGCUUGCACUUAACAGCUGCCCACGGUUGCUGGCUGCCUCUUCCACAGUUAACAACAUCCUAAUGAUGAUAUAGGUUUCACAAGGGGUGGGGUAAGCAAUUUGUAUCUUACCAGGAUAUGUUCAGCAAUGCCACAUAUAUAUAUAUGUGAACCGCCCAGAGAGCUUCGGCUAUUGGGCGGUAUAGAAAUGUAAUAAAUAAAUAAAUAAAUAAAUAUUUUUCAACAUUCAAGCAGUGCCUAGCAAUUAACACAUCACAAUGGUUUCCUGCAUGGAAAUUGUACCAGUUUAAGGAUCUUCUGCACUGGUGUAGCCAGGUUUUGGGUUGAGCCAGAGGUAUUAUAUAAUACUGCUAGUUUUUAGUACCUUCUUGUUAAUAUAUCUACUGUCCAAGUGCCUUAAAAAACCCCAAACCCUUACAAAUAUAAUUGUAGGUUUUUAAAAUCUACCUUGCAGCCUUAAGUUCAGGAUCUCAGGGAUGAUUUGAAUGUUAUGAGUAGAGCAAUCCUAUAGGAGGAAAGAGAACCUGUGGAGGAAUAUAAUUCUGAGGUCUCAAAAUGGGGAGAGGUGAUGACAAACCAUAACGGUACAAGCUCAUACUUUAGCGCAUUCCCCCCCCCCCCAUACCCAGUUUAAACCAUGUGCCAUGCUGGUUGGGAAUGAUGGGAGUUGCAGGCAAUGCAACUAAAAAACACCAGGCUGGGGGAAAGUGUUGGAGUAGCACUGGGGAGACUUGCGUUCAAAUCUGCACUCAGCUAUGACAAUCACUGGGUGAUUCUUGGGCAAUUACUCUCUCUCAACUAAGCUGUGUCAUAGGGUUCUUAAAGGAUAAAGCAUGGUUGGGGAGAGAACCACUAUGGCCUGGUUCAGACAACAUGCUAAACCAUGCUACUUAACCACAAAAUUCCCUUAACCAUUUUGUGGUUAAGCAGCAUGGUUUAGCAUGUUGUCUGAACCAGGCCUCUGUAUGCUGCCAUGAAAUCAGGAAAGGCAGAAUAAAAAUGUAAUAAAUACUGUCUGCAAAUCACUGUAAUGUAGCUCUAUGUAUCCCAAAAGGAGCUUUCGGAAUACAUAGAGUGACGUAUAAUCAAAACUUCUGUUAUAUGACUUCUUGCUUUCUCUAAGAGUUGAUGGGUAUAUAUAUUCAAGGGAAAUAAUAUCACUUCAUUUUAAAAUGGUGAUGCUUAGCUUUUUGACUCCACCAUUCAUUCAUACAAUAAACAACUGCAGCCACUGCUACUAAAUUUACAAU